AUGGCUCCCAUUCCCAUCACCAUCGUCACCGGCUUCCUCGGGUCCGGCAAGACCACCCUCCUCCUCAAUCUCAUCCCCCAGCUCCCCGCAACCUACCGCCUCGCCCUGCUCAAGAACGAAUUCGGCGACGUCGCCGUCGACUCCCAGCUCGCCUCCACACAAUCCAUCUCCGGCGUCCGCGAGCUGCUCAAUGGCUGCAUCUGCUGCAACCUCGUCGGCCAGCUCAGCGACGCCCUCAACCAGCUGCGCGAUGAGGUCCGCCCAGAUCGCAUCGUCAUCGAGACGAGCGGGAGCGCCUUCCCCGCAACCCUCGCGAUGGAGGUGAACCGGCUGGCACACGAGCAGCAAGGUUCGUUCGUGCUGGAUGGCGUGAUCAGCGUCAUCGACGUGGAGAAUUGGGAGGGGUAUGAGGAUACCUCAUACACGGCCAAGCUGCAGGCGCGGUACACGGACCUAAUCAUCUUCAACAAGUGGGAGCUUGUCCCGGAGCAGCGGUUCGAGCUGUGUCUUGACCGGGUUGGGGAUCUGGAGGUGCAGACGCCGUGGGUGAAGUCGGACAAGGGCCGGGUGGAUAAGGAGGUGCUGCUGGGGAUCGACGGGGCGCUGUUCGCGAAGAAGGGCGACGAGGAGGCCCUAACGCUGACGGAACACCAUAGCCACGAGCAUGGGCAUGAGCACCACCACGAUCAUCAGUCCGAGGUCGAGGUGCUCUCCGUCACGCUCAAGUCCGUGCAGCCCGACCAGGCGAUCGACGUCGACGCCCUGGAGAUGAUGCUGCUCGCCGCACCCAAGGACGAGGUCUACCGCAUCAAGGGAACCAUGCGCUGUCCGGCGUCGCAGCUGCCUGCAGAUUCGGGGGACAACCCCGGCGAGAAGAAGCCCGCGUCCGCCCCAACCGGGGAGAAUGCGGCCGUGCGACACUAUAUCCUCAACUGGGCCUUUGGCCGCUGGACGUUCACGCCCUCGAAAGCCGUCGCGGAGAGCGCGGACCCGACCAUUAUCGCUCGUCUCACGUUGAUCCUGGCGCGGUACGAGUCGGCCAAGUGGAAAAAGAAGUUGGAGGCGGGAAAUUUGGUCCGGUCCACUGGGGAGGCUGAGCUGGUCGUGGAACGGCUGGCCUAG